GAAGGAGGAAGAGGAGCUUUGCUUCACCACCGAAGAAGGGAGCCGGCAACUCGUUUAUGGUGCUGUCGGGUCCCUAGAUGACGAGGAGAAACUUCGCGGCAAGUACAUCCAGAUGUCCGAGGUCGUCGAGGAGAGCGAUUUCGUGAUCAGUGAAGAUGGGAAGAUUAUGCAAGACAAAGUCUGGGGGGAGAUGCUGGACAUUUUGGGUAAAAUCGAUCCCAAGGUCUCCGAGGUGGCGAACUCGUAUCUGACGAAGAUUUGAUUAAUGUUCGCAUGAAUGAACACGCUUGUUUCCGGCUACGGAACGAUCAAUUCUUGACUCACUCCGAGACCGAUCAUAGACAUUUGCCUCAUUCCAAACCACCACCACCACCACCACUUCCUCCUCCCACGAUGCCCUUGCUAUGUCCCUGUCGUAAGUGUAAUUGUCGCUUUGGGACUCAGGAGAUGGUAGGGCAACUCCAAGCCCCUGAGUAUACGGCUCGCUUCAACCACCUGCUGGCGACGAAUGAUGUCCCAUUGGAUGAAGAGAUUCACAGCUUCGCAGCGAUUUCUGCAGAAAAGGAGGAGUUGAGAAACAAAGUCAGACGCCAGAUCACGCGUCUCAGAGACUCGAUGGAUUACUUGUUAGCUCUGCAAGAGAAGACAGAGUGGGAGAUAGCGAACUACAACACCGUCAGAGCUCCUCUUCGACGUCUUCCCGACGACAUGCUCUCCGAAAUAUUCUUUCAAUGCAUGGACGAGAUUGACAUCAAGCAGAACACCGACCGCAUUGGAAAGGACCGAGAUGUCAUCAGUUCUUUGGAUUAUCGCCAGGCACCGUGGCUUCUUACUAGGGUGUGCAAACAUUGGCGUGCCAUCGCUCUAUCUCAUCCUCGUCUCUGGUCUAUCAUAAGUGUCAAUACCCCCCGGGGCAGAUAUGCCGGCAGCUCGACGCAUAUGCAAGCUUUGGAACUGCAACUCCAGCGCUCCGGUACAUGCUCAUUAUCCGUGACACUAAGGAGCACCACAAUGCUCGCAUCCUCUCCUACUCUAGAGCUUCUCGUUUCCUCGUCGCAUCGGUGGCAGAAAUUACUCACGGCAGUCCCGAUACAAGCAUAUCGAGAUCUCUGCAAGAUAGAGGGCAACCUUCCUUUGUUAGAAGAAUUCUAUGGUCUCACAACCGUUGAUAUGUAUCAAAUAAACAGUGUGCCCGCUCUCGAAUUCACCGGCCUCCGUGGCGCUCCCAUGCUCAAAAAGGUUGCGGGCUCGCCUGGUAUCUUGAGCCAUAUAUCUCUGCAUACACCCCAAAUAACGGCGGCGGAGGUCAUCAGAGCGCCAGCGACGAGUCAAGAGCUUGUCGCAAUUCUCGGUCGACUGCAGUCACUCGAACGAUCUUCCCUCCUCUGCCUUCCAGCCACGGAGAGUGGAGACCUUGAGGGUGCCAAUGUGACAAUGGCUCAUCUUCGACAUCUAUCUCUUCCAAUGUCGACCACUAUCCUCGCAGGCCUCACGUUACCAGUGCUCACGAUGUUAACUCUAAAAGGAGACAUCUCUGUCGAUAUCGUCCUCUCGCAUAUUCAGCGCUCCAGAUCCACAGUUCGAGAGAUAACCAUUGCUUCCGAUGGUAUUGUUGAAGCAGAUUGCACUCGCGCUCAAUGAACUCUCGUCUCUCGAGGUGGUUGUAGUGCUUACAAAAUACGCUCAUACGCCCGCGUUCAUCCAAGGGCUAUUUGAGACUUCGGGCCGUUUUACAGCGCUACGCAGGCUCACGCUGAAGGGAGUA